AUGGGAGUCAACAUCUCCAUAAUCAGAGACGGCAACUUUAGACACCCCCGAUAUGCAAAUUUCCGGCCACGCCACAAAUACGGCCUAAUCCCUCUCGGACGCGCCGCGCGAAACUGGUGCCACGAGAUAAUCACGCUGGACUUCAAAAUUCGCGAAACAGUCCAACGCGAGAUCUACAUCACUGAAGAACUCGAAGCACGCCGUAAAUCAGACCCAUCAGAACCGAUGUCUGACCGAGAAAGAGCCAUCCGCAGAGACUGGGAACGGGACCUCAAAACACUCGCCAAGGCAUACUGGGAAUACGAGCGGAAACUAUACCACCUGGAAGUAUCAGCGCCCAGCGAGAUUGCAAUGCGCGCAUACAAGACUCUCCGAGAAGACGAAUAUUGGUAUCUUUCUUCUUGGUUACGCGAGGACUGCAUCCGACGUGAUGGCUGCUGUGCACGUCAGUGUGGAUGCUGCGAGAAACCACGCAAUACCCACAGAAGACUGCGACUGGGUCAUUGUACAAUUGAAGUGGAUUUGAUAAACUCGAUCCCAGUCUCUCUCGGGGUCGAGAGGAGUUCUACGGACUCUCCUGGGAAUGCAGGAGCUAUGAUAUUGACCGGUACAGUAUGCUGAUGGAGAGGGCGUAUAUUUGGGGAUUUGAUACGCAGCAGUCUGCCUUCCGGUCUGUGAUUCAGUGGAAUUUUGGUGGACUUAUCUGUGAUGUGAAUAAAUUUAAGUAGUUUGGUUUAUCUAGUUAGAGUCAGAGUCUGCUUUCUGGGAAUUGUUGUCUACCAGCAAUAUGUAUUGUCUUGUCAGUUUCUUUCUGUCUUUUAAAAUGUAUUACAAGCACCUCGUUGGGCAUGAUGUACUCGCCUGACGGAGCAGACGAGUCUCCAGCGGUGUCCGCGGAGACGAUUCCAGUGAGGCCAGAAUAAGCUGCCAUCGUAGGAUUCGAGUUUUCUCGCUCUGCAUGAGGCUCAGAAUGUUUUCGAAUUCAAAGUACAUGCCGAACCACUUGAAACUAAAACGACGGUCUCGACCAUGCAGGCGGAGGACUCGCAGGUGCUCUAAUUCAGAUCCAGGAAGGACUGCAUAGGCUGUUUCUGGCAGCGGAUGCGAGGAAGCAAUGCCACCUGUGAUAUAGAUAUAGUGCACAAGGGGUUCCCGACGACGUUGUCUGAGCGAUAAUACCUUCCUUUUCAUCCGUAGGGACUUUCUCCAACCUGCGGUGAAUCUGAAUAUGAAUUCUCGGAGGAAGGAUCUCAAUGAUGACCUGGCUGAUGCUCCGAAGUGACGCGAGGGUGGAUUUGUUGGAGCUGUUGAGGGAUUGGUGACUUCAUUAUGGGAGGUCACCGAUAUAGCUCGUAUAUUCAGAAGGCUUAAAGGAUACAAUAAUGACACAGGCAACUGGAAGGAAAGUAUGGUAAAUUUCAUAGAGCCAGGCGGUUUCGGGAAUCUCCAGACGAUGAUCUCAACCGUCAAAGCUAAAC